AUGACAUUUCAUCCAUCUCAUCCUUUCAACUCCCUCUCUUUCCUUCACUCUCUUUCCUUCACUCUCUUUCUUUCACUGUGUGUCUGUGUGUGUCUUUCAUUUCCUUCUGAACGUUUUCCGUGUUGUUUUCUUCAAAUUUCUCCACACACCCCGUCCGCCGCCAUCGCACUUUCGGGUUCUUUCUUUUCCUCCCUCACUAUCAAAAUUCUAUCCCUACAUUUAUUUCCUACGUCUUGUCACUCUCGUCUCUCUUUCCUUGCAUAUAUUUUAUUUCCCAUCCUCUCUCUUUUCCAUGAUUUCAUCUUUUCCUCCUCUUCUUUUCCAUUGCCUUACAAUUCUCUUCUCCGUCUUCAGUCAUUCCUAUCUUUCUUCGUCACCCCUAGCGGUAGACGUCUUUCCCCGAACCUCUCUCUUCCUCCAGCUCUUACCCUAAACCCAUCUUAUCCACAUCCCGACCGCUCCCCAUUCAUCCCAGGGCCCCCAGACAUUCGAGUGUUGUUCUCCACCAUCAGUCGUGUACGGGACACGCGGGCCCGGGCAAAACGACGCCAUUAUGUCCGCCGACGCCGCCAACCAGGAACCCCACCCCAUCGACUCAACCACCGACCCACCACCAAAAAACACAGCCGGAGACCCCUACGCGCCGCCGCAUACCAUCACUACUGCCGCCAUCAGCACCCCCAACAGCAGCUUAAGAGACAAGUCUCGGGUCUUGUUUAA